CGACAUCAUCAUCAUUCACCUGCACUUCGAAGAUAACAACAGGCAUAGCCAUGAUUGUCCGAGCCUUGCGACAAUGGUGGACUGGGACGAAUGAUAAGCAACUGUUUGAUGCUCAGGAAAGGCUGCUAAAGACUUUUGUAAGGGCACCUCUAGUAUCCGUUGCGAAACGGCAUGGAAUGAACGUGGCCGAGUUUACCAACGAUCGCAGCAGCGGGACGCCCACUGCUACCGAGCCUCCCACAGUCGUCUUGCUUCAUGGCUACGGGAGUGGCUUGGGCUUCUUUUUCAGGAACAUCGAUCCACUUCUUGACAGUGGGAGGGUUGGGCGUGUGUUGCUGGUGGAUUGGUUGGGCAUGGGAGGUUCGGACCGACCCUAUUGCCGAAGACCCAUUCGCGGGCUAUCGGAUUGUACGACGGCAUGGUGUCAAUCUAGGUUCAAUCCCUCGCAAGCUGUGGAUUUUUUUCUGGAUCCAUUGCAUCAACUCUUUCAAGAAGAAAUAGGAGAGAACGAGUCGACUUGGCUGGUCGGACAUUCACUGGGUGGAUACCUCGUGGCAAGAUAUGCUCUUCAACACUCCACUGCCGGCAACAGUGCUGGAUCCACUAUAAACAUGGAGAAGGUUAUCUUAGCUUCUCCUGUGGGAUUCCCUUCUAAACCUACGAAUUUGCUGCCUUCGGCACAAAUGCCAACGGCUAUUCGGUUGGUGGAUGCCCUCUGGAGUGCCAAUGUCACUCCUCAACAGCUGGUCCGAAUGAUGGGUGCCACUCGGGGGAGAAAUGCCGUUCGUCGUGCUUUGGCUGGUAGGAUCCCUCAGCUGGCGGCCGGAGACUCUGACGAUCAUGUCCUAGAGAUUCUGGCAAAUUAUCUCUUUCACAUUACAGCUGCUCAUCCUUCUGGAGAGUUUGCCAUCAACUCGUUGCUGGAACCCGGCAUGUCUCCAGACAUUGCAGGAGUAUUCGCCAGAGAACCUCUGGAACCACUAUUUCAAGAGUAUGCCCAACGGCAACACACACGACAAGAAUCAAAGCUCCACUGGAAGGUCCUCUAUGGAGACCAUGAUUGGAUGAGGCCCAACGAACCAAGUGCCAGGAAAGCUUUGAGCUACCUGUCUCAACAAUCAAAUUCGAAUGACGUUGCAUCUAUAUCUAUUGUGCCAAAUGCCGGGCAUCAUUUGUAUUUGGACAAUGCCGAAUCCUUUGCAAGACAUAUACUCCAGUAGCACAGGAGGAAGAUUUGAAGCAAGCAACGUGAGGGAACCGCUUUGUUGUGACAGCCUGAAGUGCAUGUUUCAAGUGUGCGUAUUAGCCAGAUACCACGGACCGAUCGGAACAUCAAUUUGCUGAUCCUCUUUCUGGGGCGGCAGGCACAACAAGGAGGAGUAAUGAGCAAAACACUCACUUCUUUGCUGCUAGGUAGAGCUGCACAUGCUGCACAUUUCGCCUCUCCACCGGCACUACCGGUAGAUGGAAUCCGAGUAGCUAGCCACCAGUUGUAAAGCACGUACAAAUUAGGGUCGCAGGGAAACACUACGGUAGAAUCGACUACCAGUACCGGUGACCGCUGGGCUCAAGGAAAGAGGAAUCGAAUCGAAUCAAUUGCAGUUGCUUCUCCUUCGGAGGAGGCUCCCCUCCAGCAGCCUUGCCAGCUUAUUACCUUAGCACCAAUGCCGCGAUGGCAACAACCUCGUAGAGUACGCUGUGAGUCAACGGAAAAUCAGCGAUGCAAACACCCACCAACAUGGCGCUGGUGGGGCGUUGAGGGCAGAGCAAGAGAUCUUCCCGGAACCUUCAGAGCAAGAGAGAUCUCCAUUCACGGAACACUGAUCGUGGCAAUCCACUGAGAGCUCAUAUUAUUUGUACUUGAGAAACCCAUAACAGCAGCGGGAUAGAAAGCAAACAUGACAUUGUUCAGUGACGAAGACGCCGUCGACGAGGAAAACAUCAUCCUCUGCUGUGCCCUGUGCUGUGCGAAUUGUGGGUACUACAAUGACGCCGACUGCAUUGGAUGUUCUGGAAAAAUCGGCCUUUGCUGCCUGAAUUGUGAAGUUUGCUGCAAGCCGAGCGCCCCUUGUCUACCAUGUGGCUGUAUUGGUCCAAAAUGUGAGUGCGAUGGUUUGAGCUUGGUGAAUAUCCAGCUUCAAGGGUGCUGUGCAGUCGUUUCCGCUGCCAUCCCGUGCAAUAGCGAGGUGCCUUUGGCUGUCAACGUCUUGGGCUUGAAUCUUUUCCCCAAGUGUGGAUGCUGCGUGACCGUAGGUGAAAUCCAAAAGGAAUCUAUGCUUCGUUGAUGAGUUUAAAGGCGAUGUCACGGCUCUUCAUACUCAGUGACAACAUCCAAAAAAUCAACGCCGCGUGGCAGGCACAAUAAACCCACCGACCUCGUUGCUUCUUAGUGACCUCAAGAUGCCAUCCAGCCAUCCAUGUCCGUCUAUCAGUAAAUAACAUUUUAAAAUAGUGCGAUAACAAUUUCUACCU